AUGAGCACCAUGACCGAAGCUGAGGCGCCUCCAAUCCCGGUCUCCGGAGCCAAGAAGAGGUUCGCGACGCCUCCCGUGAAGAUUGCCUGCCUUGCUUGUCGAGCAUCACGAACGCGAUGCGACGGAUCGACACCAUGCGCUAGUUGCAAAAGCAGAGGACGUGACUGCGUCUACAAGCCUAGUCGGAGAGGCGGCGCCCGUGUGAGAAGAAAGCCGCGGCCGUCUGAGGAACUGGCCCAGCAGGUCCGGGCCCUCCAUGGCGAGAUGCCCCUUGACGAGGUUGCCCCUCAAAACUCCAUCUCUGUACAAAACUACAUCGACCCUGGUGCGGGCCUGAAGCAACUGCAAGAUAUCUUUCAGGAUAGCGACUUCAUCUUCGACACCCUCUUCUUGUCCGGCGUACCCGGGAGCACCAGUGGCGAGAGUGCUUCUGAACAUUCCUUCAACUUCCCAGCACCCCCGAUUCCGGUUGCGAGAACAUACAAGAGCGACCAAGCCAUCCUGGACGCCUACUACAUCUUCAUCCACCCCUUUUUCCCUAUCCUGCCGCCCCCUGCCGGCUUGCCUAUGGACCAGGCGGUGCCGCACUUUCAAAACGACACGGACAGCUUCGCCGAUGACUAUCAGCCGUCGACACCCCUCACCCUUGCCAUCUCCGCCAUUCUUGCACUGAUCCCCUGUGCCAACGAUACCAACCACCUCAACAAGGAGUCUGUCGUCUUUCGGCGGAGAUAUGCCCAGUUCCUGGCCCAGUCCUCCGUCGAGAGCAUCGAGCUCGAGUCGGAAAUCCCGGAUUCCUCCGUCGAGCCGCCAAAGGCACUCAGUGAGUCCCCCGCAGAGGACUUCACCAGAGAACAGUUCCAUCCCGGCGUGCCGGUAGAGCUGGAGAGCAUCAUCGCUCUCGACAUUCUCAGCGUCUACGAGUAUGCGCAAAGGGGCAACCUGAAGAAGAUGCAGGCUAGGGCGGGCCAAGCCCUGGUGUCCGCCAUGUCCCUGUCGCUUCACACCUUCACCGAGGAUUGCGAGUUCUCCGAGGCCAAGCGCAGGGUUUGGUGGAUGACGUACAUCUGCGUCUGCCAGGGAUCCAUCGUUAGCAAUACCGAGCCCACCUUCUCAGUAUUCACGCCCAGCUACACAACCAAGUACCCCGUGAUACAAUCGGACCCCGAGGCCUUUGCCCUGUACAUCCAAGCCCAGCAGGCGAUUCUCUCGGCAACCCAGUUUGUCAUUGAGCUCAACAAGACGGUGAAAUCCGGGGGCGAUAUGACGUCCAUCUACGCGCGGAUGAAAGAGAUGGAGCAGUAUCUCGAGCCCCUCAAUGCAAUGGCCGAUUCUUGGAUCCUGCAGUCGACGACAACGACGCCGCUCGAUCCUACAGAAGAAGUUCUGUCCCGCUCUUUGAGGUGCAUGGCUCGCAUCAAGCUCAACAGUGCGCGGAUCAAGCUACACCGAUACUGCGCCUUCUUUGACAUGCCGGUCUUCUCUGGGAAGCACUGCGACCUCAAGUCCAGGUCCGACAAGGAUGGCAGCGGGGAACUGCGGUCCUGGCCAUCAUGCUCCUGCAGCUCCAUGAUGAGCUUGCCGUCACCACCAGUGCUCGCAUCAAGCGGGUUGAGCACGCCGCCAGAUAAGAAAUCCCCUUACUCGGAACACUCGCCCAAUGAGGCCUCGCCGGCUACGUUCCCUUUUAGCAGUCAUCAGUCGGCCAAGAUCUGUCUCAAAGCGGCCAUCAGCAUUGCCCAGUCGUUCGACGACCUCCCGUAUCCCAACCCGUUCGGCCAGCUCUGCCCUCCGCCGUGUUAUCUGGCACCCACUUCGACGAUUGUUUGCCCGAGGACCAUGCCCUCCUUUGCUUGCUGCGCCAUGCAGUGCGCCUACGCGCUGCUAAUGGUCAACCACAAGACAAGGGCCAUGUAUCCGGAGAACGCAUUGGCCACGCCGAUGGUGGAAAGCCUCCUGAUGCGCCUGCAGACGGGGCUGGCCUCCAUCUCGGCAACGCUGGAGAACUACGCCACGGCGUUUGAGGCUCUUGGCGGGAUGCGCGACCAAAUUCGGAGCGUAAUCGAGCCCACCAUGAUGUUUGACACGCCAAUCUAG